AUAAAAUGGAGACGCUGCCACCCCUGCUUCAGGACCUCGCGGCACAGUUGGAAUCUUUUCUUUUACAUCCCGAGGUUUUACCAAUGCAUGACACAGGACCAGCUCAGGAGUUUUGGUUGAGAGAACCUGAACCUUUAAACCUACUAAGCUGUAAACCUGCCCCGAUAGACACAAGACUACAGGUGACCCGAAAUCCAUGUACUGGUGAGGUUGAGGGGUUUACCGAAGUUUAUGUUAAAGAUGCUGGAACUACCGCCAAAAAUUCCACUUCUCUAAGGCGUGCCCCUGGGCCAUUGGAGGAGGUAACGAGGGGGUCAGCCACCAACUACCCCUUCUGGCCAGGGGGGUUUGCUGCCCCCGACCUCCGUCUUCCAGAUCUGGAGGAAUCAAUUCAAGAUUUUUCCACUCUUCUCUCCGUUCCUCCAGGAUUUCAGUCUGGGAUGGAUUUCUCCGAGAUUACGGCUCCAAAACCUCAACCCAGCUCUAAACUCCACUCUGAGCUUAGCUCAGAACCCAUCCCGGAUACAUUGAACCUCGUUACAAUUCUUAAUUCAGACAAUGAUAUUCUCGGAGACUGGGUGGAGGUGGAUGAGAAGAAGGGAAAGGAAGGAAAGAAGAAAGAUGAUCUUGGACUUGAUCUUGAUUUAGAUCUCCAGCUUUCAGACUCUGUUGUAAUUAAAACUGACAAACAGUCGACAGUAGUUCAGAAGUCGACAAGAUGGGCCGAGAUGCUCGAUUCAGAGGCGACAAUUCCAGAUUUCCAUCAAUUGGUUCCGCAGAUGGCGUACCAGUGGCCCUUCGAGUUGGAUACUUUUCAGAAACAGGCGGUGCUUAAACUAGAACAGGCGGAGAGUGUGUUUGUUGCGGCGCAUACUUCCGCCGGUAAAACCGUUGUGGCGGAGUAUGCCAUUGCGUUGAGUCAGAAGCAUAUGACAAGGACUAUUUACACUUCUCCCAUCAAAGCUCUAUCAAAUCAGAAGUUUCGAGAUUUUAAGGAUACUUUUAACGAUGUUGGACUGGUAACUGGUGAUAUACAAAUCAACCCUGCCGCUACUUGCCUCAUCAUGACAACUGAGAUUCUUAGGUCAUUGUUGUAUAACGGGAGCGAUAUUAUUCGAGAUUUAGAGUGGGUCAUUUUCGACGAGGUUCACUAUAUCAAUGACCCAGAGCGUGGAGUGGUGUGGGAAGAAGUUCUAAUUCUUCUCCCCGAGCACGUGAAUAUCAUCAUGCUGUCUGCUACUGUACCAAAUACAUUGGAGUUUGCAGACUGGGUAGGAAGGACAAAAAAGAAGAAAAUCUGGGUUAUUUCAACAGCAAAAAGGCCAGUCCCACUUGAACACUUCCUGUACACUGGCUCAAGUGGGAAGAGUCGGGAUGAAAGAUUCCUGCUCCAGGAUGCUGCUGGCAACUUUUUACAGAAGGGUUACACAAAGGCGGUAGAGGCAAAGAAGGAGAGAGAAGCCAAGGGUAAACAGCAGACUGGUAGUAAAGGAGUGAAGGACCGAGUUGGUCCCCAGCAGGAGCGGAAUAUCUGGUUAACUCUCAUAGAUCAUCUUCAGCGACAAGACAAGCUUCCUGUAGUAGCAUUCACUCUCAGUAGGUCAAGAUGUGAUCAGAACGCGAAUAUACUGACGAGUCUGGAUUUAACAACAAAUAUGGAGAAAGGAGAUAUCCAUCAUUUUAUCAAUAAAUGUGUUUCAAGACUCAAGGGGCCGGAUAGAAAACUCCCUCAAUUAUCAAAUGAUAUUAAAUGUUGUGUAGGAAGUGGUAGAGUGCUAUUAUGUACUAGUUAUCAAAUGAUAAUAAAUGUUGUGUAGGAAGUGGUCGAGUGCUGUUUCGCGAACGGUUGGGUCAAACUUCUCUUUGCAACAGAAACAUUCGCAAUGGGAGUCAACAUGCCGGCUAGAACGGUUGUGUUCGACAAUAUCAAGAAGCAUGAUGGCAAGCAAUUUCGAGUUUUACUUCCUGCCGAGUACAUUCAGAUGGCAGGCAGGGCAGGCAGAAGAGGACUUGACUCUACAGGAACUGUGAUAAUCCUGUGUAAGAACGAGGUGUACGACAUGAAUGACCUUCACGGGAUGAUGAAAGGAAAACCUACGAGGCUAGAAAGCAAGUUUAGACUCACCUACUCAAUGAUACUAAAUCUUCUCAGAGUUGAAGAGUUGAGAGUGGAGGAUAUGAUGAAGCGCAGUUUUGCUGAACUGGAUACACAGAAGAAACAGGUCGCGUACAAGGACAGAGCCGAAGUACUGAAAUCUGAACUUGAGACAUUAUCAGAUAUUUCCGGAGACGGAUUUCAGGACGUUAAACUCUUUUAUGCGCUAGCAACUCAAUACCUAGAGAAAAGGAAUAGUAUUUGGACCCUACUGCUCUCCCAUCAUACUCCUUGUAAAGCACUUUCCCCCGGCAGAAUUAUCCUCCUUAAUCUCAGGCAGAAUAUUAAUGUCCCUGGAGUACUGUUAGCUGUAGAUAAUAAGUCCAAGGAGAGACAGUACACUGUUCUCCUUCCACAGCCUAUGGAGUCUGUUGGUUUGAAGUGCCUAAGCCUAGAUGAUUCUGCGCUCUCGGAGGCGAAAGAUAAAUUAAAAACAAGAUGUUUGUCUUUAGCAAGGAAGAGUAUUUGUGAAUUAAACAUGUCAAGUACAGAGCAAAUAGUUCUUCACAUCAAGGACGAUGAUAUUGUUCAAAUAACAAACAAAUCAAUCAAAAUAGAGCCAGACAAGAUCAUCGCAGAUAUUAAGAAAAGAGAAAUUCCCCGGUUCAGACAGGAUCCUCCGGCUCAAAGUGUUCUCUUUGCAAUCCAGAAUAUUAUGAAGAUUACAGAUCCCUCUAGUGGAGAUAUUGGGUUUAUGGAUCCCAUCAGAGACUUCAAAAUUCAUGAUUUAGAUCUGCUGACUACAUUGAAGACAAUGGAAAGUUUAAUGGAAAGAAUUGAAGAAAUUGAUUCAUCUUCUUCCGAUUUUACCCAACUUUUCUCCAAGGUUUACAGUGUAAUGUCAGUACGUGAUGAACUAGAGAAGUGUGAAUAUCUCUGCUCUGAAGCUAGUCUAUCUCUACUACCUGAAUACCAUUGCAGGACUCAUGUACUGCGAACCCUACAGUACCUGGACUCUUCCAACACUGUUCAACUCAAGGGUAGAGUAGCGUGUGAGAUGGGAAGCAAUGAAAUUAUUGUAACGGAACUCGUGUUCAACAAUCAGCUGACUGAGCGCCCACCGGAAGAAAUUGCCGCGUUGCUUUCUUGUCUUGUCUUCCAGCAGAGGAACUGCUCGGAACCAGAGCUCACGGCCAGCUUGAAGAAAGGAGUUGAGGACAUAAAGAUAAUCGCUGGAAAAAUUGGGCAGUGUCAAGUUGAAUGUGGCAUUCUGCAACCUGUUGGGGACUACGUAGACUCUUUCAAUUUUGGACUAGUGGAGGUGGUUUACGAAUGGGCGCGAGGAAUGCCGUUUGCGGAUAUCACAAAGCUAACGGAUGUACAAGAAGGAGUAAUUGUGCGAGCUAUCCAAAGGUUGGAUGAAUCUUUGAGGGAUGUGAAGGAUGCUGCUCGUGUUAUUGGAGACCCCGUUCUAUAUCAGAAAAUGGACCAGGCAUCAACUAUCAUUAAACGAGAUAUUGUGUUCGCCGCUUCACUCUACACUCAAUAGAUGGCGUUAGCAUCAUGUAUCAUUAAACGAAACAUAGUGUUUGCAGCUUCACUCGCUCAAUAGAUGGCGUUUGCAUCAACUAUUAAGUAACUGUGAUACUAUUAAUUUAUCUGAAUUAGCGACUAUCUCAAAUAAGUACAACUUUCCAUACUUUUUAUGCUUUUCUAAAUAUGCUGUUCAACAACACAUAAUGUGCUUUAAACCCUGUGUUAAUUAAUAUUGUAUUUUUUAAAUUUCACAAGGUAACAUUUUUUUCAGAAAA